CACUGGAGCUGCACGCACACGUCAACAUCAGGUAGCCUUACCAACGGCAGGAGCUCUAGCUUGCCUCACUUGCGACCUUCCCAACUUUUAAGUUCGUCGCCGACAAUCAAAAGCUGUUCCUGUCCCCGUCCACACAACCACAAGCGCUCUUCGAAUCCAUCCGCGCAUUUAGAACUCGCUGAGCGCCGCAGAACCACAGCCAUGUCAAUAACACCAAUUAUUACGUUCAAGGCGGGCAUCUGCGAUGUCGAUCAAUCCUCAAAGCCCUUCAAGAUCAAGGCCCAGCCGACACCCGGCUACAUCUAUCUCUACUCUGAGGAUGACCUAAUCCACUUCUGCUGGCGCCCGAGAUCCGCGCCACUCGAUGAGCCAGAGCUCGACCUAGUCAUGGUCCCCACGGACGGUCACUUUGUUCCAUACGAUACUCGCUCGCCAAGCCAUACUUCCUCGAAGACCAACGGCCGCAUUUUCGUCCUCAAGUUCACCUCGUCCUCGCAGAGGCAUCUGUUCUGGCUCCAGUCGAAGCCUCAGGGCCGCAGCGGCGACCCGGCAUGGCUCAGCCCCAGGGAUCGGAAGAUUGGAGAGAUCGUCGACAGGCUCCUGCAGGGCGAAGAGGUGGAUGUGAACCGCGAGCUGGCUUCGGUCCGCAACAACGAUGACGACAGCCGGCGCGAUGCUGACAAUGACGAGGCCAUGGAGGACGUGGAAGGUCACGGCGAUGGCUCGGCCCGCGGCGGCGGCGGAGGCGCCGGUCCGGACGCCACUGGUGGAGAUUUCAGGCAGGAAGGCGAGGAUGCCAGGGAAGGAGGAGCAGACGGGGCUCGAGCACUGAGCAACGAUGCUGCCACGGCUGUGCGGAACUUCCUCGACGCUAUGAAGAACGCGUCGGGAGGCACUGCGGCAAGCCAGGCAGAACGCAAGGCCUAUCCUCUGCUGAAUGACCUUCUCGAGCCACCUACCACCAUUGCCAUGCUCGACGCGGCAAGCGAUGAAUACGUCGACAACCUGCUCAGCUUUCUUCCCCCGAUGGUACUGGUUCUGUCUCAACAGGGAGACAAUGCAGACGCCAUUGUGAAAGAACCCAGCAUGGAGUCGGUGGAAGCUGCGAAGCAAGCCAUGAGCUCGGAUCAGAAACGCGCUCUACUUAAGAAGGUCUUCCGGAGCCCUCAGUUCACUCAGAGUCUGGCGAGCUUGACCGUUGCGCUCAGGGACGGUGGUCUGCCGACCAUCGCCGAGGCCUUGCGUAUUCCGGUGGAGAAUGGCGGACUCGUCAGGGGCGGAACGGUUCCCCUUGGUGGCGGGGAUGCCGUGGAGGCGUUUGUGGAAGGUGUGAAAAGAGGAGUGCAGAAAAAGUAGGGAGUACCUGAUUAGGACUAACUAGAUCGACAACCUGUAUGUGUAAUGCCAACUCUUUAGGUUUUCUUAUGAGAGGCCUGGGUCUUCUCCAUAUUGCGCAGGUUACGAUAAGAAGCCAGGGCACAGACUGAACAGUCGAAGACAUGCUCACCAAGGAAUUUUGCUCGAAACCUGAACAGUUUUCAAUCCUAUCUUAGGUUACUGUGUA